AACCUCCCUGUUGUCCUGAAAGAGACAACAUGAUGGAAUUCCCCGAUCACAGCAAGAACUUACUCCGAAAACUUUGGGAACAGCAACACGAGGGUUUCCUUUGUGACUGCACCGUCCUGGUGGGCAGCACCCAGUUCCUGGCCCACCAGGCCGUCCUCGCCUCCUGCAGUGCCUUUUUCCAGAUGUUCUACAAGGAACGGCUGGAUAAGCGAGACUUGGUCUGCAUCAACAGCGAGAUUGUCACCGCCCCGGCCUUUGGGCUCCUGCUUGAGUUCAUGUACAAAGGCAGCCUCUCCUUCGCCGACAUGCCGGUGGAAGACAUUUUAGCUGCCGCCAGUUACCUGCACAUGAACGACAUCGUCAAGGUGUGCAAGAAAAAGCUGCAAGCCCGGGCCUUGGCCGAAGCCGACAGCACGAAGAAGGAGGAGGAAGGUCUGCUGCCAGCCCCCGAAAACCAGCCUGUGUCCUUGCCCCCGCCUCACUCUUGCGACCUCGAGAAAAACAACAAAAAAGAAGAAUGGAACGCCAGACAGAAAGUGCCUCUGGAGGAAUUGUCGGCCUCCAGGUCAGACGUCGCAGACACCACGCAACCAGGAAUGGAGGCUCCGUCAUCUGCUCGGCCUCGCCUGCAACCCAUGGUGGACAUUUCUCUCUCCAGCCCGAGCAGUUCCACCGAAACUCUGCUGUGCAGCUCCUUCCCUGCCGGAAACAGAGGAGCCGAGGGGAGAUCCGGCUUGGACCCUCCUCCAGAGAGGUACGGAGAGCAGCGAGUUGCGCACAAGGCGUCCACAAAUCAGUCCAUCAAGGUCAAAGUGGAAGCUAUCGUGAUUUCUGAUGAGGAACCGGACGGGGUUGAACAACUGGAGAUCCCUCCUGUUUCGGAGCUGAGGCUAGAAAGCCUCUUUCUGAAAUCUGGUGGGGAGGUAGGCUCGGGGGGAGGCUGCGGGCAUCACCCGGAUGCUUUUGAAGAGCCUGGAGGGAUGGAAGAGGUCUCUUCGGAGAGCAGCUUCCUGCCCCAAGAAAAUGCGCCGUACCCCCUGAUCCACAUGCCUGGAAGCGGGACUUUUUCCACCCUGGCAACUCCUCCGUUGCAUGAACAGAUAUACUUGCAGGAUUACGAUUCCCACUCCAAUUUUAGCCUCUUUACCGAGGACGUCCCCACCUGCAAGACCUGCGGGAAAACGUUUUCCUGCUCCUACACGCUCCGGCGCCACGCGACCGUCCACACCCGGGAACGGCCAUACGAAUGUCGCUAUUGCAUGCGGAGUUACACUCAAUCCGGAGACCUUUACCGGCACAUCCGGAAGGCUCACAACGAGGAUCUGGCCGUGAAACGGUGCAAACACGACGUGGAAAAUCCUUCCUAGGACUCGCGGUCGGUUCCCCAAACCAGGACCCCAAUUCUCCGGUUAUCUCAUUCCUGGCAGAAGCCACAACUGGUGUCCAGUUUUC